AUGGAGGGCAUGGCUGGUUCGGCAACACAAACAACUCCCACCACACAAAUUCCACAGGCAGCCCCUAUGACUAGCAUGACCACAGAUAACGUGGUGCCACUGGUACGACUAGUCAAGAGUAUGAGGGAAAUGGGUUGUGAACCGUAUAUGGGGGAACAAGAUGCAGAGAUAGCUGGACGAUGGAUUCGGAAGGUAGAAAAGACCAUGAUUCAAAUAAGCAUACCCGAGGGUUUGAGGGUAAAUUGUGCAACCCAGUUACUGUCUAAAAGGGCCAUGACAUGGUGGGAAACAGUUCAGUUGAGGCGUGCAACCGAGACACUAACCUGGAGUGAUUUCAAGACAGAGUUUGAGAAUCAGUUUUAUUCCAGGUACCAUCGCAAGGUGAAAGAACAAGAGUUCUUGGCAUUAAAGCAGGGGGAUAUGUCGGUAUUGGAGUAUGAAAGGAGGUUCCAUGAUCUCUCAUUGUUCGCCUCACACUAUGUGCCGACAGAGGAACACAUGAUUGAGAAGUUGAGAGAUGGUUUGCGACAGGAUUUGAGACAAGGAUUGAUCGCCUUACGGUUUAAAUCUGUGAGAGAGUUGAUUGAGGCUGCCCAAGCUCUGGAGGCUUGCAUUGGAGAAAGCCAAGGGGGACAUCAGGGUAUAGGCAAAAAGAGAGAGGGGAACUAUUUCAGUGGCAGACCACCACUCCCGAAGAAAGGAAAAUGUGGAGUGUUUAAGCAGUACAGGAAAAAGGAGAGUUUGAUGUUUCCACCUCACCAACAGUCAAGUGGGAGAGUGAUGGUUGGACAGUCGCACUCGAGGGAAAACUCUUCAACUGGGACCGGGGACAACAAGAGUGUUGACUACCCUUUUUUGUUGUUUGAUCCGGGUGUCACCCACUCAUUUAUUGCUAAGAGAAUUGUCACUAAACUGGGAAAGGGAGUAGAAAUAGUAGAGAAGGGAUUCUUAAUUGGAACUCCAAUGGGAAACAUGGUGGAAACAAAUAUUGUGUAUGUAGAUGUGGGGGCUCUCAUAGAUUGUUAUGCUAAAACUGUUACUUUCCAAACCCCUAAGGGUGAGAGGAUGAUUUUUGAAGGAGAGAGAAUUCUCAAACCGAUUGCCUUAAUAUCGGUGGUAACAACCCAAAAACUUUUAAGAAAGGGAUGUAUGGGAUACCUCGCAUACAUCUUAAACUCUGAUGAUGAAGGUCCACGACUGAAGGAUAUUCCUGUGGUGGAGGAAUUCCCAGAUGUGUUUCCCGAAGAACUACCGGGACUACCCCCAGAGCGAGAGGUGGAGGUGUCCAUAGACACUUUUCCUGGAGUCCCACCCAUAGCCCAACAACCUUACCGGAUGGCUCCAGCAGAACUGAACGAGUUAAAGAUUCAACUACAAGAAUUGUUAGACAAGGGGUUUAUACGGCCCAAUGAUUUGUUCGAUCAAUUAAAGGGGGUGAGGGCAUUUUCGAAGAUAGAUCUGAGAUCAGGGUACUAUCAAAUGAAGAUUAAAGAAGCGGAUGUAGCAAAGAUCGCAUUUAGAACUCGUUACGGACACUAUGAAUUUUUGGUGCUACCGUUCGGGUUGACAAACCCCCCAGCCCUCUUCAUGGACUUGAUGAAUCGGGUUUUCCAACCGUACCUUGAUAAGUUUGUGGUGGUAUUCAUUGAUGAUAUACUGGUGUACUCGAAUUCUUUCGAGGAGCACGAAGAGCACUUGAGGCAAACCUUACAAACCUUAAGAGAUCACCAAUUAUAUGCAAAACUGAGUGAAUGUGAAUUUUGGCUAAAGAGAGUGAUGUUUCUAGGACACGUCAUUUCAGCUGAAGGUGUUUUCGUAGACCCCCAAAAAGUCGAAGCAGUCUUGAAAUGGGAAAGACCGACUUCGCUAACUAGGAAGAAUAAUAAAUGGGUGUGGUCGGAAGAAUGUGAGAAAAGCUUCCAAGAAUUGAAGAGGAGGCUCACCACUGCUCCAGUGUUGACCCUUCCCUUAGGGACCGAAGGUUUUGUGGUAUAUAGUGAUGCUUCGGGGAAGGGAUUGGGGUGUGUUCUGAUGCAACAUGGGAAGGUGAUCGCCUAUGCAUCAAGACAGUUAAAGACUCAUGAGGAGAACUACCCGGUGCACGACCUGGAGUUGGCUGCUGUAGUAUUUGCCUUGAGGAUAUGGAGACACUAUUUGUAUGGGUCUCGAACCCAAAUUUUCACUGAUCAUAAAAGCCUGAAGUAUCUGAUGUCGCAAAAGGAGUUGAACAUACGACAAAGAAGGUGGAUAGAGCUCAUUAAGGAUUAUGAUUGCAUCAUAAAAUACCACCCGAGAAAAGCAAACGUGGUGGCAGAUGCCCUCAGUCGUAAAAAUAGAGCCACCCUGGGAAGGUUAACAGUGGGAAAGGAGCGGCAAUUGGUGGAAUUGAAAGAAAUGGGUGUAGAUUUGGACAUUAAUGCCGGAGGUGGGUUGGUAGCCCAACUAUUGAUGCGACCAACGUAUCGGGAACAGAUACUACAAGCCCAAUUCCAUGACAAGGUUGGGUCCAAGAUGAGGAAGAAUGUGGAGGCCGGGGUAGAAAUGAAAUUCCGAAUGGCGGAUGAUGGAUCCUUGAUGAUGGGACAACGGUUGUACGUGCCUAAUGACAAAACAGUCAAAUGA